GAGGUAGGAACCUGUGGUUGGCUUCAGUCAUGGGAGAAUCACCUGUAAUGUGGCUGAAAACCAGGAAAAUGGUGACUGGCCAGAAAUUCAAGUUAUAUUACAAAUAAACAAAGAAUAAAAGUUCAUUUUUAGAAGUUAAUACUGUGAUCUGCUGCCUCGUCUUGAGUGAAACUGGUACCUUUGAGUGUCAGGUCGUCAGAAUAUCAGCUACAAAACAUGAUGGGCAUACAGUGUGAUUUUUUUUUUAUGGAAUAUUGCAUUAAACAAUACAAUAAAAAAUUGGUAGCCUGUUUUGAAUCAAAUUCAAUUACUCUGCUGUAACAAUGAAUAAUUUGUACUCUAGAUCCACAUAAUAUUUUAAUUCCCUAACAUAAUUUGGUUUUCAGGCAAAUUGUUUAGUAUAGUAGUAUUACUGUGUGAUUUUAAAUCAGAGACCUCCAAACAGUCCACAUUUUUGCUCCCUCCCAACUCACAACAUUCUUGUACCAGAUGCUCAGUGUUCUUGAUUGUUUUGUUUCAUUCUUGAUUGUCUGGGAGUCCCUGAAGACUAGGUGGAGAAAAUUUUAAAAAUAAACAAAUGUCAAUUUCCCUGCAGCAACAGAGCCCAGAAUGCAGUAACUGAUCAUAGUAGUAGUGCUGAUCAGUAACUAUAGUGAUAACUAACAGCGACUGCACUAUUGUACAGUGAUGCACUGUGUCAUUCUGCUGCUAAAUAGCAUGCUUGCUACUGUAAAAAGCAACAGUUUUUAUAGCAGCUGGUCUGUGCACCAAACUCGUACAUGAUGGCUCCAUUGCACUGUAAUGAUGGGGGUCACGCAUCCCUCAGUGUGUUGUAGAGCUUCUCAGGAUGUACAGCUUCAUGGGAGGGGGUCUCUUCUGUGCCAUUGUGGCAAACAUCUUGCUGGUGGUGUCCACCGCCACCGACUACUGGAUGCAGUACCGGCUUUCGGGGAGCUUCGCCCACCAGGGCCUGUGGAGAUACUGCAUGUCCGGCAAGUGCUACAUGCAAGCAGACAGCAUUGGUGAGUCAGUGUGGGUGGGUCCCCCUGGCUAUAUUUUGUCACAACUGGGGUGGGGGGUAGUUGCCUUUAGUAUAUUUUUCCAGUCUUGUUCAUAUAGGCUACAUAAAGUAACAUGUGGUCCAUCCCUAGCCUACUGGAACGCCACACGAGCCUUCAUGAUUCUCUCUGCCAUGUCCUGCUUCGCUGGCAUCAUCGCUGGCAUCCUCUCCUUCGCCCACUUCUCAGCCUUCGAAAGGUUCAACCGCUCCUUCGCUGCUGGCAUCAUGUUUUUCAUCUCCGCUCUCUUUGUCCUACUGGCUAUGGCCAUCUACACUGGAGUCACCGUCAACUUCCUGGGCAGGCGCUUUGGUGACUGGCGGUUUUCAUGGUCCUACAUCCUUGGCUGGGUGGCCCUACUUAUGACGUUUUUUGCAGGAAUAUUCUAUAUGUGCGCAUACAGGAUGCACGAGUGCAGAAGGAUGACUGGAUCUCGCUAAAACUCGGGUUAUAAACGAGUAAAUGGCAAAAGAGGAGAGUCAGAACCAGACUGAACAGGUGGAAGAUAAAGCCGUUUGGAAUCAGCACAGUGUGAGCAGCACUGUGAUGGAGGGUUCGGGUUUCUCAUGCGCCUAGUUUGUGGACAACAUCAGAUUUUGUAUAUUACAAUACUACUUACCUAUUUAUAAAUGAAGUUGAUGUAUGCUGUUACAAUCACAUUCACUGAAUGAUCAAUAAAGUUUGUUACAACC